AUGGCAUUGAGUGCAUCGUCACCAAAUGCACAUGUUUUACUUCGACCGGAGGUAAAAUAUAUAGCAAAUAUGCAUGGAAAUGAAGUUGUAGGAAAAGAAAUGUUACUGUAUCUAAUUGAAUAUCUCUUGACAUCAAAUGAUACAUUAGUUAAUCAAUUGAUGAAUCAAUCUCGAAUAUGGAUAAUGCCAUGUAUGAAUCCAGAUGGUUUAGAAAUAUCUCAAUAUGGUGAUUGUACAAGUACGAAUGGAAGAUAUACUGUGAAUAAUAUUGAUCUGAAUCGAAAUUUUCCAGAUUAUUAUGGUGCUACACUUGAUUCAUCAAUUCAAGCACAAGAAACAAGUGCAGUUAUAGCUUGGUUAGCAAAUAUCUCAUUCGUUCUAUCGGCUAAUUUUCAUGGAGGAUCCUUUACUAUGAAUACACCAUUUGAUCGCUAUUAUGUUCAAGGUGUUUCAAUAAGUGAUGAUGAUGAUAUAUUUCAAACGCUAGCACAUGCUUAUGUGAAUCGAACAGUACAAACAAAUGAAAAUUGUUUAUCUGAUUAUCAAAAUGAUGGUUUCGUUACACGUGGUGCUGAUUGGUAUGAAAUAACCGGUGGUAUGCAAGAUUAUGGUUAUUUGAAUUAUGGUAUUAUUGAAUUAACAAUGGAAAUAUCAUGUUGUAAAUAUCCUGUAAAUAAUACUCUUCCUGCUUAUUGGAAUUAUAAUCGUGAUGCAAUGAUUCAAUAUUUAUUACAAGCACAAAGAGGUGUCAAAGGUUUAAUACUUAAUGAAUAUAAUCAAUCGAUACCAUCGACAGAAGUUAUGAUUGAUAAUCGAUGGCCUACUGUUAAAGUUACAUCAUUAGGAGAAUUUUGGAGAAUCUUAUUACCUGGAAAAUAUACUCUAAAGGUAACAUAG